CAACACAUGUGUUUUGGGGCGACCAACCAGCGGCAUUUGUUUAUUCGAGAAAAGUUGCAGUAAAUCAUUAGCUAAAAAGAAACGAUUAUUUCAAAGAUUUUGUGACGUUCUUUGGCAUUGUGAAUUGGCAAUGAAAAGAAACGGAAGUAUUAUUCUCACACAAAAAAAGAAAAGGCAUAUUCAAACCCAUUCGGACGAUGAGGAUGACGAUCGCCUAUACAACAACGAAUCUAACGAUGCCGGUCAAGAGCACGAGGAUGAGGACGACGAUCUAGCCGAUGGAAGUGAACAAGAACAUGUUUCGGACGAAGAGGAUGAUGACGGGCAGGACUCAAAUGAGGAGGAGGAGGAAGAUGAUGAUGUCCGGAUGGACUCAAAUGAGGAGGAAGAUGUGGAAGCCGACGGUGCGAGUGGCGAAGGCGAAGAGGGCAGUGAGCAAAAUGAUGACGGAGAUGAGGCCACCGAAGAAAGCAGCACUGCCAAAAUUGCAACCCCACGCAACAAGGUGAAACGAGUGAAACCUUUGGUAAAGACAAAGCAAAAGAAAACGGGCGUAAUAUACAUCAGCUCCAUUCCAAAGCACAUGAAUGUGACGAUCCUGCGAUCGUUGCUGGAACCGUUCGGCGACCUCGGACGCAUUUUCCUGCAACCGGCUCAAAAAGAUGGUCAAGCUCGGUUGAAAACGGCCAGUGGUAAGUCGGCAAUGAUUAAGUAUACCGAGGGUUGGGUAGAGUUUCUUGAUAAACGCGUGGCAAAAGCGAUUGUGCCGAUGCUAAACAUGCAGCCGAUCACGAACAAGAAGAAGUCAGUGUUUCGGGACAUCCUGUGGAGCAUGAAGUACUUGUCAGGGUUUAAGUGGGUCCAUCUGAACGAGCGGCUAGCGUACGAACGGGCCGUGGCCAAGGAGAAAAUGCGAGAACACAUACAACAGAUUCGCAAGGAAGCUUCGUAUCACGAAACAAAAGUGCACCACAAAGAGGUGGCACUGAAAAAUGCCGCAAGGGAGAAGAAAGGCAAAAAUAAAAAGCAAUAAAUAAAAAUCAUUUUGUUAACGGCAA